CGUCAAUAAGCGCAUCAGUGCUGCGGACUGUGUGACUGAGCUGGACGUCUUUCUGUGAGACAGAGAAGGAAAAACAAGCAGAAAUCCUCCAGGUUUACUUUCUCAUUUAUCGCUUCGGCCUCUUCGGGGCAAACACUAAGAAAUCCUGGAAGCACCCGGAGAACCGCGGAUAUCCACGCGGCAAGGAUGCUUCAUGACCCCCGGCAGGUGUGAGGAGAUGGCGGCGGAGCCUCCGGCGGCCCCCGGCCGGGUGGUUCUGGUCAAGAAGAUCAUCAUGAAGGACGGAGCGGCGCCGCAGCAGGGCAUCGGCCGGCCCAGCGUCUACCACGCCGUGGUGGUGAUUUUCCUGGAGUUCUUCGCCUGGGGCCUGCUCACCACGCCUAUGCUCACCGUUUUACAUGAAACGUUUCCCCAGCACACGUUCCUGAUGAACGGGCUGAUCCAGGGGGUGAAGGGCCUGCUGUCCUUCAUGUCUGCUCCUCUCAUCGGGGCGCUGUCCGAUGUCUGGGGUCGGAGGUCUUUCCUCCUCAUCACAGUCUUCUUCACCUGCGCUCCGAUCCCUCUGAUGAGGCUCAGCCCCUGGUGGUACUUCGCCAUGAUCUCCAUGUCUGGAGCUUUCUCCGUCACCUUCUCCGUGAUCUUCGCCUACGUCGCUGAUGUGACGGACGAGCGAGAGAGGAGCACGGCCUACGGUCUGGUCUCGGCCACGUUUGCAGCCAGCCUGGUGACGAGUCCGGCCAUCGGGGCGUACCUGUCGGCCUGGUACGCCGACAUCUGCUUCAUCCUGCUGGCCGUCCCCGAGUCGCUGCCGGACAAGAUGAGGCUGAAUACGUGGGGGACGCCUUUCACCUGGGAGCAGGCCGACCCUUUCGCUUCUCUGAGGAAGGUGGGUCAGGACUCCACAGUCCUGCUGAUCUGCAUCACCGUCUUCCUGUCCUACCUGCCGGAGGCCGGCCAGUACUCCAGCUUCUUCCUCUACCUGAGACAGGUGAUAAACUUCUCCUCCACGACCAUCGCCGUGUUCAUCGGGGUCGUUGGCAUCCUGUCCAUCGUUGCCCAGACUCUCUUCCUCACCCUGCUGAUGAGAUACCUGGGAAACAAGAACACGGUCCUGCUGGGUCUGGGUUUCCAGAUCCUCCAGCUGGCCUGGUACGGCUUCGGAUCAGAACCAUGGAUGAUGUGGGCCGCCGGAGCCGUUGCAGCGAUGUCCUCCAUCACCUUCCCCGCCGUCUCCGCUCUGGUGUCACAGUCAGCUGAUUCUGAUAAACAAGGAGUCGUCCAGGGGAUGAUCACCGGCAUCAGAGGUCUCUGUAACGGCCUGGGCCCAGCUCUCUACGGAUUCAUCUUCUUCCUCUUCAACGUGGAGUUCAACACCAUGGAUCCCAUCCAGGAAGAGUACAGCAUCGACCCGCUGCCUCUGCACGGCCCCACCGAGCAAGCGCUCAUUCCGGGUCCGCCCUUCCUGCUCGGGGCGUGCACCGUGGUCGUCGCCUUUCUCGUCGCCCUCUUCAUCCCUGAAAAGACGUCCUGCUCCUCCUCCUCGUCCUCCGAGCUGUCCCUCAAUGACAAGCCCCUCCCAGACAACAAAGAGGCCAUAUCCUCGCUGGCCGGCGUCCACAUCAACACGCCGCUGCCAGGCAGCGACGAGGAGACCCCGCCCUCUGCCAGCGGCGAGGACGAGGAGCCGCUGCUGCACGACAGCAUCGUCUGAGGGAGCCGCUGCGGCGCCAAGCCACAAAAACUUUGUGUUUGUUUGUUUUUAGCCAGAAGUUGGGACAGAGCGCCGUUUUUUGCCUCUCUGCCGAACGGCGAGAUGAACGUUUGAUCAACAGAGGAAGCAUCAUCCCGACCAAUCAGGACCCGUCUUUAACGAGCGGGUUCAACCUGAGCCGGCGGCCCUCAGAGAACCAGGAGCUCUGCUUUGAUCAGUCUGGGUGGACGGAUGUAGAUCCUGAAAUCUAGAUGUUUGAGGCUUUUUGGACGAUUUCACUUCUUUUAUUUUAAAUCUUUCAUCUGUUUUAAUUGAGAAGUUAAUUUAAACGUCAGCCAAACAUCCGGGUUUAUUUAUACUCAUGUUUUAUCCAUCAGUGUUUCUGGAGAACAGAUUGAGAUCAAAUCUAAAAUGAAUUCUCCUUCUUUAAUCUCAUGGUGAGAUUAAACCAAAGCUGAUAAAUUAGGAGGCGGGACUUAAUCCCGAGGUUAAAGAGAAACAGACAUGAUGGAUUCCGGUGGGUCCUUCUACCUCUCCACCUUUUUAUUUUUAUAUCAAAGUCACUUUAUUUCAGCGCUGCUGGCGGAGGGACUAACCUCCCUUCAUGUUGCAGCUGGGCGUCCCGUGGCGGCCCCCCAGGGCUGCGUCUAAACGCUGGAGGCACCGCUGACCUUCCUGUCAAUGAAUUCAUACUUGAAGCAUCCUCUACAGCCGUGGAGAAGGUCUAACAGUAUUUAACGGCCACACUGUACAUAGUUUGGCUUCGUGGUGACUUUAAAAUGUAGAAGCACUUUUGAAUGACAGCCUGGUUUGUAACCGCUGCGGGCGUGACGUGUGUUCGGCCUGGUUUCCGGCUGUUUCCGGCUGCUUCUGGCCAGGUUCAGACGGCACAUAUCAUCGUGGGCUUUUCACGUGUUUACAGACGUGUAGUUCACGAUACACGCAUUUAUUUUCCAUGUCUGAAACCAACAAAAUGCAGAGAGGAAAAAAAAAAAGUAAGAAUAGAGUGAAAACCUGUCGACAGCAUUAAUGUACGGAGCAGAUUGAUCCAGUCAGGAAGGAAACCAGGAGGGAUGAAUGCUGGAGCAGGGAGACCUAACAAACCAGCACCACAGGGAGGAAUGUAGAAGCUUCAGUCAGCCUCACUUCUGACCAAAUACUGGU